AUGUUGUGCAAGCUUGCCUCACUCUUGGCUGCCUAUGGGUGGUUGCUCGGGACGGCGAGAGCGGACCAGUGUGGUGAAAUCACCACGUGCGAUUCUUGCCUCGCGGCUGCUUCCGGGUGCUUCGGCUGGUUUGGAGACAGUUGCUGCUCGCAGGAGACUUGUUUGGAAGCCGCACAAGGUGACCGCGAGUUCUGGACAUCAUGUCCGAAGUGGCAGCAGCACGUGGAGCUACUAAAGGUUUGCUCCAACAUACCGGCACACGACAGCUGCGCUUGCAUCAAGGCAGGAUGCGUUGCUCAAGAAAUCACGGCUGGAUUGACUGCAUGCUUCGCCAGCUAUCAACCUGCUGCCGGCAACCAGCUUUUCCCCAGCGACGUGAACUGUGGGCAGGCGCUCUUGAAAUAUCUCUUCAGUCCGCACUCCUGCACCAUUGGCACCCGGCAGAUAUUCGGAAGCUGGAUAGGUGGCGAAGAGGCACGCCGUGCUCUGCUCAAAGACGUGGAUUACAUAGUGUGGAUGGAUGGCGAUGCCAUGGUCUUAGACCACGUGCAGCAGCUAGAUGCUUUUGUUGCCGGCAAAUUUCGAAGGAAAGACUUGGUCCUGGCAGAAGACAUGUCCUGGGCGGAUUAUGUGAACACAGGAGUCCUGUUCGCUCGUACUGAUUCAGAAUGGCUUCGGACCUUCUGGGACGAUGCUUGGAAUGGUGCCCAUGCUCGUUUUCAUGAGGCACCUUUCUGGGAUCAGAGUGGACUUUGCCAAGAACUGGCUCGUCGAAGGGAAUUCCUACCUCAGGUGCUUGGCGCAAUGGCAACACGGCUCCCUGCACAGGGCCCAUGGUUCAGCUGGAUGGGUGGACCGCACUUGAAGGAAACCUCACACCUGGGAAUCUGGGAUGCUUUCAUUCUGCAUCUUUGCGGCUUCAGCGAGAAGCUCCCCUUGUGUAGGAAGAUUUGUCAAAGCGGCAUGUUGCGCAACUUCUCCUUCCAAGCCGAUGUCGACAACCAGCCGCACAAGCUUGCCGGGCCGUUGUGGCAGGCAUCACUUGAAAUCUUGGCUGCAGCUGUGGAGUCCUGCCCCUUUGGAUGGCCGGCAUGCACGGGAACUCUUCAUCCGAACUGCAUGUCCAAGUUCGAGAUGAUGGAACUGCAGCCCCCUGCCGUUCUCGUGAUUCCCCACCUGCGGGCCGAAUGGGGGAACAAGAUGGUGACUGCCAAGUCCGUGCACAAGAUCGGCCUCAGUCGCCCAGUAGCUCUAUGGCAGAUGUGUGACUAUGUGCGGGGCACGCCGCCUCCUUGCCAUCCAGUCCUGGGGCAGCUUGAUCCAUCGCAGCUGUGGUGGUGCAGUUGGGACCUACCCUCUAACGCCGACUUCGACAGAGUUUUGGCGAGAUUGUCUCUAUCGCGGGCUCAGCUACACCUGUAUCCACCAGGUGUCAGAAUUCAACUCGAACCGCCUGGUGCCCAGCAAUUGCUGUUCUGGAUCCUCAAGGGCACAGCCACGACAUCUUCCACGAGAGUCGAAGCAGGUCGGGCAUUGAUCAUUCCUCGCGGCGAAGUGCUGGUCGGUUUAGCAAUAACACCGGUUGUGGCAUUGUCUGGGUUCCGCUCUGGAGAAGCCCACGACAAAGAUCCAAUAGCCUCUUCGUCCAAGAAGCAGACUGCAACAAUACACGUCUCUUCAGCCGGGAGCCUAUGCCCAUUGGUGGACGCUGGAGGCUGGCAAUGGUUCGGUAACCCUGAAAACUGGUUGGGAGCACCGCGCGGUCAUGAGCCAGUGGAUCAAGUUGCAGCUGCACGGCAGAAAGAGGCUCUCAAAGCAAAGCCCUUCGCAAAGGCUCGAGCGGUGCUAUCCAGGGACGCAAAGUUCGUGCAGGCACGCUGUGAACGACGCCGUGUCUGGCCAACUUCGCCACGUCCCUCGCAAAUGGAAGUGGACUGA